AUGCCAGUAGUGCCAAUACAGAGCGGAGGAGACGAUGUGUCAGCAAUAGUGGUGGACCCGGGCUUCGAGUCUAUACGAAUAGGAAACUGCCAGGAGGACUUCCCGAGAGAGUACAUUCCGAGCGCAGUGUACAGAGAGUUCGAAAACCCGAGCAGCAGCAAAGAAAGCUGGCAAAUACUCUCGAGAGCGAAGCUGCGAGAGUUCGCAGAGGUGAGGAGGCUGCUGCACAUCAACAGAGAAAGUAACCUGGAGCUGGACCCCUUCGUCUUCGAAAGACUGCUGUGCCUCGGAAUCGAGGGCCACGACCUGCUGGUGGAGAUGGAGGACGCAAAGUCGGUGACCAAGGUGGGAGGACUGGGCCUGGACCCAGCGCAGCACCCGAUCCUGGUGGUGGAGCCGACGGCGGAGAGUAAGCAGUUUAGAGACUCGGCGCUCGAGGUGGUUUUCGAACAGCUGGGGACCUGCGCAGCGUACCUGGCGAAGCGCGCGGCGCUGACGGCCUUCUCAGUGGGAAGGUCCUCGGCGCUGGUGGUCGACGUCGGCGCGGGCGGCUGCACGGUCUCGCCGGUGCACGAGGGCAUAUCGCUGCAGUCGACGAUCCAGGACGCACUCGUGGGCGGGAACGCGCUGGACUUGCAGCUGGCGGACUUCCUGUUCAAGGAGGGCUACUCGCUGUUCGCGCCCAGCGACGACCCGCGCGUCGACUACUUCAGGGCGCAGACCGCGAAGGAGCUGAGGGAGAAGUUCUGCACGGUGAAGGUGCACCCGGACGAAAAGGGCACUUCGACGAAAGCGAAGGACUCGGGAGCCAAGGCCUCCGGCCACGGCCACGCCAGCGUCCACCCUUACGACAAGGGAGCGAGUCAGGGCCUCACCAACGGAAAGGAGCCGGGCCACGGCCACGCCGCUGCGCAGGACAGCAAGGCCACCGCUAGCCCUGGCGACAAAGCCUCAGGCCAGCCCUCGGACAAAAACGGCGCGAGCAGCGGCACCGCGGACGGGCGCGCCGAGCCCGAGGUCCUCCUGGACCCGCACAAGUACUACCUGCCUGACGGCGUGGUGGUCGACAUGCGGAAGUACGAGCACUCGCUUCCCGAGCUCCUCUUCAGCCCCGCGGGCUCCACGCUCUCCGAGUUCAACAACUUCAAGGGCAUCGUGAACAUGAUCAACGACUGCGUGUUCGACUCCGACGUGGACAUUCGGAAGGAGCUGCUCUCGUCGGUGGUGGUCGCGGGCGGCUUCACGCUCACCCGCGGUCUCAUUCCGCGGCUCAGCCAGGAGAUCCACCGCAGUCCCAUCGGCCUCGUCGCCAAGUUCAAGCUCGUGCACUCGACGUCGUACCUGGAGAAGCGGUUUUCGACCUGGCUCGGCGGCUCGAUCCUCGCGAGCCUCGGGCGCUUCCAGCAGCUGUGGAUUUCGAAGGCCGAGUACAUGGAGCACGGCACAAUAAUAGCGUACCGGCGGUGCCACUGA